AUGCGAAACAAUGCUGAAGAUGUAAUAAUUCUUGAUUAUUUCCGUGUUAAUCAUAGAAGGGUGAAAUUUCUUCAACCAACUGGAUGUUUUUGGGAACCUCCGGAGGAGAAUGAUAUUCAACUUUGCUGUGAUGGGGCGGCGAGAGGGAAUCCUGGUGUUGCAGGAGCUGGUGUGGUGGAAAGAAAUGCGCGUUGUUUAGUUCUUGGUGCUAUGUCUAUAGGCCUGGGAGUUACAACUAAUUAUUUGGCAGAAUUUUAUGGUAUUUUGGUGGGUAUGGAAUGGGCUGUAAGAGGGGAGUUAGGCGAAUUUGCAUUCGGUCUGAUUCUUAUAGUGUUAUUGAAGCUUUUAAGAGCACCAAUAUUCCUUGGUUUGCUAAGCAAAGGUGGGUUGCAGGAGGAGAACUUCUCUGCGGAUGCUAUGGCUAAACGGGGAUGUCUUCUCAAUGAGGAGGAAGGUUUACAUUAUGAUGGAAGACCUGAUUUUUUGAUUUCAGUUGAAUUUCCAAAUGUUGCUUAUUACAGAUUCAAGUAG